GUGACGGCUCGUGCCGCGUGUGGAGGUUCUUCAGUCCGGCGGGCACGCGUGGGGGGGCCGGGGGUCGUUUUAUCAUGUCGUGGCUCUUCGGCGUCAACAAGGGUCCCAAGGGCGAGGGCCCGGGGCCCGCCCUGCCCCUGCCGCCCGCCAUGGGAGGGGACGGCGGUGGGGACCGGCCGGGAGGCGGUGGGGACAGACCCACGCCCAAGGACAAAUGGAGCAACUUCGACCCCACGGGCCUGGAGCGCGCGGCCAAGGCGGCGCGCGAGCUCGAGCACUCGCGCCACGCCAAGGAAGCGCUAAGUCUCGCCCAGAUGCAGGAACAGACUUUGCAGCUGGAGCAGCAGUCGAAGGUUAAAGAAUACGAAGCUGCCGUGGAGCAGCUGAAGAACGAGCAGAUUCGGGUGCAAGCAGAAGAGAGAAGGAAGACACUAAAUGAAGAAACGAGGCAGCAUCAGGCGAGGGCUCAGUAUCAGGACAAGUUGGCUCGACAGCGCUAUGAUGACCAGCUCCGACAGCAGCAACUCCUCAACGAAGAGAACUUGAGGAAGCAGGAGGAGUCCGUGCAGAAGCAGGAGGCCAUUAGGAGAGCUACUGUGGAACGAGAAAUGGAGCUGCGGCAUAAGAAUGAGAUGCUUCGUAUAGAAGCAGAGACCCGUGCACGCGCCCGAGCAGAGAGGGAGAACGCAGACAUCAUCAGGGAGCAGAUCCGAUUAAAGGCUGCUGAGCACCGCCAGACCAUUCUGGAAUCCCUCAAGACAGCUGGUACUCUGUUUGGUGAAGGAUUUCGGGCCUUUGUAACAGACUGGGACAAAGUCACAGCUACGGUGGCUGGAUUAACGCUGCUUGCUGUCGGCGUUUACACAGCUAAGAAUGCUACAGCAGUUGCCGGCCGCUACAUUGAAGCCCGCCUGGGGAAGCCCUCCCUGGUAAGGGAAACCUCACGAAUCACAGUGUUGGAGGCCCUGAAGCAUCCGAUCAAGGUUGGCAGGCGUCUGGCAAGUAAGCCUCAGGAUGCUCUGGAAGGAGUUGUUCUCAGUCCCAAGCUGGAGGAGCGGGUCAGGGACAUUGCCAUAGCCACAAGGAACACCAAGAAGAACAAAAGUGUGUACAGGAAUAUCCUCAUGUACGGCCCCCCUGGCACAGGGAAAACACUAUUUGCAAAGAAGUUAGCCAUGCAUUCCGGUAUGGACUAUGCCAUCAUGACUGGUGGUGAUGUCGCCCCUAUGGGGCGAGAAGGGGUGACUGCCAUGCACAAGGUCUUUGACUGGGCCAGUACCAGCCGCAGAGGCCUCUUGCUAUUUGUGGAUGAAGCAGAUGCCUUUAUGAGAAAACGAGCCACAGAGAAGAUAAGUGAAGACCUGCGGGCAACAUUGAAUGCAUUCCUUCAUCGGACAGGUCAGCACAGCAACAAGUUUAUGCUGGUCUUAGCAAGUAACCAACCAGAGCAGUUUGACUGGGCCAUCAAUGACCGAAUCGAUGAAAUGGUCAACUUUGACCUACCUCAGCUCGAAGAACGGGAGCGCCUGGUGAGGAUGUACUUUGACAAGUAUGUUCUGAAGCCAGCCACCGAGGGGAAGCAGCGCCUGAAGCUGGCCCAGUUUGACUACGGGAAAAAGUGCUCGGAAAUCGCCAGGCUGACCGAAGGCAUGUCCGGGCGGGAGAUCUCCCAGCUCGCCGUUGCCUGGCAGGCCUUGGCCUACGCCUCAGAGGACGGCGUCCUCACGGAAGCCAUGAUUGACACCCGCGUGAAGGACGCCAUCCAGCAGCACCAGCAGAAGAUGGAGUGGCUGAAAACUGAGGGCAUGGAGGGAAGGAAAAGCCAGCCUCUCCCUCUCUUCAAGGAGAGCCCAGUGUAGGGCCCGGAGCCCCUGGACACCUGCCAGAGAAGUCUGGACUAGGGCCCGGGCCUGCGAGCCGAGCCUGUGGUCGGUCCUUCCCCUUCCUGCCCUUUGAGGCUUUUUUAAACUCUCCCCCCCACCCCACCCCACCCCACCCCCGCCCCGAGAACCCACAGAGGCUUGUCAUGAGAGGA